AUGUACCAAUGGCUGCUGGGGGCCCUCGGCGCCCUCCUCACCGCUGCCCGCCGCCCCGCGCCGCCCCCGGCCCCGCCGCCGCGCAAGAGGCCGCCCCCCAGCGUUCGGCCACCUGUGGAAGAUCCUGACCAGGCUCAACCAAAAAAGCAAAAAUCAGAUUACGCCAUCUCUGAGCGUAAAGAGAAAGUUGAAGAAGUUUCUGCUGUGGUGAAGUUGCCGGCCAAGGCACCACGUGAAUGCCGGAAGGCUUCGGUCAGCCAUGCCGCUCCAAUCACAGAGUCUGCAGAAGAGACUCAGUCCACUUCUUCUGACCCUUCAUCUAAAAGACCAACAAGUCCUGCGCUAGGAAUAGAGAUGCUACAAAUUGGUCAAAUGCCUUGUGGAACCAAUACUUGCUUGAAUAAGGAAACACUAUCCGUUUCUCAUAAGACAAUUCCAUGUCUGAGCACAAGCAGGAAUGGCAAACACCACAUCAAACCUGCUCCAGACGGCAUCUUAAUGCUGAGGCCGCCCAUUAAGGAGCGCACUCUGCCAGAAUCCACGACUUCAGAAGUCAGCAAAAUGGGGAGGCUUUUCUGUACUGCUGAAGAGGAUGUUCAGCGAGGAGAAAAGGAGAAAUACAAACAGCUCUUGCAACUGGUAAAGGGAAAAUAUCCUAGAAGCUGCCCUAAUCCACAACCGACAAGCUUCCGCAAUGUUCAAGCCUACUCCAAGGAACCAGUGAUGACUGUGAGUCACCUGGAAGAACAAAAAUAUGGAGGAGAUGUCUAUCCGUAUAUGACACUAAGGACCAGUAUCAAAUGUGCAGAUGUUUGCAGCCCACAGUGGUCUCAGAGAAGUGAUAUGAUCAGGUACUACACACCAGCAGAAAACUCUCAUGAACAGGGAAGACCAGUGAAACAAGCCAUUGCAGGGAGAGACUAUGAAGCUGAAAUCUCGGAAGAUAUGUUUUUCCAAUUACAUCUGGCACCUGUUCUGUCCAGAAAAUCAUCUGCCCUUGUUGUGGAAGAAAAGAAAUUCCCAAGCUCGGAAAAAACAGUAGAACACUUUUCUCCACUCACAGAGGCCAUGGAGAGAGAAGUCAUUGCCGCACUUGGCAACGGUGAGCCAGAUGAGGUCAUGAGCAGUGCCUUCAAACUAAAGGUCACUCGUGGGGACAUCCACACGCUAAGGAACCUUCGCUGGCUAAAUGAUGAGGUCAUUAAUUUCUACAUGAGUCUUCUGAUGGAAAGAAAUAAGAAGGAAGGGUAUCCAGCAGUCCAUGCUUUUAGUACUUUCUUUUAUCCCAAACUAAUUUCUGGGGGCUACAUAGCAGUAAGAAGAUGGACCAAAGGUGUGGAUCUCUUCAAGCAGGACCUCAUCUUAGUGCCCAUUCACUUGAGAGUGCACUGGGCACUGGUGGUCAUAGAUGUCAGAAAGAAGACCAUCAAAUACUUUGACUCAAUGGGACAAAAAGGGGACAAGAUUUGUGAAACUCUGUUCCAAUACCUGCAAGAAGAAAGCCGGGAAAAAAGAAAUCUGGAGCUGACUUUUUCAGAGUGGACUCUUCACAGCAUGGAGUCACAUGAAAUCCCUCAGCAACUGAAUGGAAGCGACUGCGGGGUUUUUACGUGCAAAUACGCAGACUAUAUCUCCAGAGACAAACCGAUAACCUUUACACAGAAUCACAUGCCUUACUUCCGCAAGAAGAUGGUGUGGGAAAUAAUCCAUCAGCAGCUGCUGUGAGACAUGCACUAUUAGAGCAACACUGUGAUCACCUUGGGGUGACUAACUCUUAUUUUAGUUACUUUUUCUAAUAUCUUAUUUGGAAAGGCAGCAGGCACACAAAUUUUCCUCUUUAGGCUAUGAAGUAGCGGUUAAGGUUCCCCCCCCCUGAUUUUGGAGACAGUAACUCUCUUUGAAGUUAGCUAAUGCACCUUAAGUGCAAGCCAGAAAGAUUGCUGUGACCUCGGCCAAGGGAACGGUUAAGAACAAAUGCUGUGAACCUCUGUCACUGAGAUGGAUGCUCGUACCUCGCAGCACACGUGGCCACGUUACGGACAAAUGGGACUCUCGUCUGUGGUGGCGGUGACAGUUGCGUUAGCUGAACUUAUCUUCCCAAGGACAACGUGCUUAGCUACUGUUUCCUCAAGGAGAGUUUUCUUCUGUUUCUGGAAUAUCUACGAUCUACUUGAUUCCUAAAACUGGAUUUGUGAUGACCAUAGAAAGAAAGCAUUUACCAUCUUUUGAUUUGUAACAAAUCCAUAGUGAAGCCCCUGUAGUUGGGGUUGUUUUGUUGUUUUGUUGUUUUGGGUUUGGUUUUUUUCUGUCUCCAGGGAGUUAUCUAAUGUGAAAAGAGAAGUAUUUAUUUCUUUUUAUUAAAAUAAAUAUGUAACUUAUACAAAGA